AUGAAUGGAGGACAGAACAGUAUGGCAGCUAGGGAGACAGGAGCCGAGAUGAAUGGAGGACAGAACAGUAUGGCAGCUAGUCAGACAGGAGCUGAGGUGAAUGGAGGACAGAACAGUAUGGCAGCAAGGGAGACAGGAGCCGAGGUGAAUGGAGGACAGAACAGUAUAGCAGCUAGUCAGACAGGAGCCGAGGUGAAUGGAGGACAGAACAGUAUGGCAGCUAGGGAGACAGGCGCUGAGGUGAAUGGAGGACAGGACAGUAUGGCAGCUAGGGAGACAGGAGCUGAGGUGAAUGGAGGACAGAACAGUAUGGCAGCGAGGGAGACAGGAGCCGAGGUGAAUGGAGGACAGAACAGUAUUGCAGCUAGGGAGAUAGGAGCCGAGGUGAAUGGAGGACAGAACAGUAUGGCAGCGAGGGAGACAGGAGCCAAGGUGAAUGGAGGACAGAACAGUAUGGCAGCGAGGGAGACAGGAGCUGAGGUGAAUGGAGGACAGAACAGUAUGGCAGCAAGGGAGACAGGAGCCGAGGUGAAUGGAGGACAGAACAGUAUGGCAGCGAGGGAGACAGGAGCCGAGGUGAAUGGAGGACAAAACAGUAUGGCAGUGAGGGAGACAGGAGCCGAGAUGAAUGGAGAUCAGAACAGUAUGGCAGCGAGGGAGACAGGAGCCGAGAUGAAUGGAGAUCAGAACAGUAUGGCAGCGAGGGAGACAGGAGCUGAGGUGAAUGGAGGACAGAGCAAUAUGGCAGCGAGGGAGACAGGAGCUGAGGUGAAUGGAGGACAGAACAGUAUGGCAGCGAGGGAGACAGGAGCCAAGGUGAAUGGAGGACAGAACAGUAUGGCAGCUAGGGAGAUAGGAGCCAAGAUGAAUGGAGGUCAGAACAGUAUGGCAGCUAGGGAGAUAGGAGCCGAGGUGAAUGGAGGACAGAACAGUAUGGCAGUGGGGGAGACAGGAGCCGUGGUGAAUGGAGGACAGAACAGUAUGGCAGCGAGGGAGACAGGAGCCAAGGUGAAUGGAGGACAGAACAGUAUGGCAGCGAGGGAGACAGGAGCCGAGGUGAAUGGAGGACAGAACAGUAUGGCAGCUAGGGAGAUAGGAGCUGAGGUGAAUGGCGAUCAGAACAGUAUGGCAGCUAGGGAGAUAGGAGCCGAGGUGAAUGGAGGACAGAACAGUAUGGCAGUGAGGGAGACAGGAGCUGAGGUGAAUGGAGGACAGAACAGUAUGGCAGCGAGGGAGACAGGAGCCGAGGUGAAUGUUGGCUGCAUAGAAGAAUUCAAAGGCGGUCCAGGAGAUUUUUAG